AUGGUUCAGGAUAGAUCUCAAAUUGAACAGGAUCGUUUUGAAAUCUUGCAACAUCCUUGCAUUCACGAAUUGGAAACAUUGUGCAAUCUGCUUCAACAAGCAGGAUUAUCCUCCUGUUUUCAAGACAUUUAUAACAGUGUAUUGACUCGACAUAUCAAACAGCAUGUUGUCACUUUGGCAAGACAUUUAGAAUACGUUUCGGUAUCAAAUCAAUUGCAACAAUGGCUUAAAAGUCAUAUUUUACAUUUGUCACAUAUCUUGGGCAAAUUGGAUUCCAAUCAACAUGCUCCAUCCAGAGAAAAAAAGUUGGAGUUUUUUGCUUUUCAAACAUUGUGUGUUACUCGAGUGCAGGAUGCAUUUGAGAUUGUUCGAGAUUUUCCAGACUCGGUUCCAGCAGUAGAAGAUUUAUACAUUGCUCUACAAAAGUAUAAUAAUAUAGGUGCAUUGCUCAAAACCCUUGAAACGUCGAUUGGAAAACGAUUAAUUCAUUGUGGUGCAUUUACACAAGAUAUUCUUUCGUUUUAUAUUGCCUUGGCACAAGUGCUGUGCAUGCUGGAGUGCUCAGAGGAUAUAGUGAACGGCAUGCUGAAUCCUAUUCGACUUUAUUUAAGAUCGCGUGGUGACUCGCUUGAGCAGAUUAUCACGCAAUUGGUCAAUCAAGAUACAGAGGUUAUACUCCUUGUUGAUCAUGCCGUAUCUCAGCGUCUAUCAGCAGUGCGUAUUCCACAGCUACUAAACAUUUUCCCCAACAAGGAAGUGUAUGCAAAAACGUAUAUUGAUUUACUGGCCACCCGAUUACUUUCUAUGCACGAUUUUGACUUGGACGACGAUAAAGCAAGUCUAGCCAUGCUAGAGCGACGCAUUGGAAACAAAAUAACAACAUGUGCUCAAGUCAUGAUAAAAGAUAUGCAAGAAUCGCGACGAUUUGCUAUGCAGUUUCAUAAACAAACCAUUGAUGCAUCUUAUUUUAGUGUGUUGGUGAUUUCUGCACGGUUUUGGCCAGACGAAAAAAUCCGCGAUGCGCCUCUUACACUCCCGCACUCUAUUCAACAAUUUCAAAAGGUGUAUCAAGAUUCAUAUGCUUUAUUAAAGGCACGUCGACUCAAGUGGCGACCGAUGCUGGGAUCAGUAGAUAUCGAGAUUGGACAGGGUGAUUCAUCCCUUCGUGUUUCUGCUACACCCGCACAAGCAACACUUGUUUCCCUGUUCUCCGACAAAGAUUCUAUAUUGGUUUCUGAAGCGAUCGAAGCAACACAACUCUCCAAAACAGCAAUGUAUCAAGCUGUUGGGUUUUGGAACCAUCAUGGAGUACUUGCACUCCGUCAAGACCAUAUUAUAAAUAUCCACAAUACGGUCAAGGAACUCACCCAAGAUAAACUCGCUGCAACAUCAGUAACAACUCCUAUGCAAGAUGUUAUUCCUGUUCAAGACCCAGCAGCUGAACGACUCGAAACACUUCAAAACACAGUAUGGCCAUUUGUUGAAGCUGCAAUGACUGCAUUUGAUCGAUUGACUGUUCAUGACAUUCAAAAACAGUUGGCACCUUUUGGAUUGGGUAUGGAUGAGAUGGAAUUGAGAAAGUUGUUGGAAUGGGCUAUUGAGUGUGGUAAGGCAGACAAGGUUGGUCAGCACUACGUUCCUAAAUUAGCCUAGAUCUAAAAGGGAUUCAUUGAUGCAUAUUGCCAUUCUAUACGAGUCUUAUAAAUUCAGUUAUAGCCCAUCAAGUACAUUAAAUACGUUCCUUAAUUAGUGUAUGACGAUUGAAGCAAAACAAAGUUUAUUC